AUGGAGGUGGAAGUACAGGUGAAACAAGAGGAGGAAAAAGUGAGCCCUGUAUUACACAUUCAAGUCGAGGAAGCUGAAAAGGCAGUGAGUCUCGUGGUGAACACUCAGGUGGAGAAGACUGAGAUCUCUGUGGUGGACACUAUGGUGGAGGAGGUGGAGGAGGUAGUGAGUCCUGUAGUAGAAAUUCGGGUGGAGAAGAUGGAGAGUACUCUUGUGGCCACUCAGGCAGAGAAGGUGGAGAAAACAGAGAUUCCUGAGGUACACUCUCAGGUGGAGAAGAUGGAGAGUCCUGUGGUGAACACUCAGGCAGAGAAGGUGGAGAAAACAGAGAUUCCUGAGGUACACUCUCAGGUGGAGAAGAUGGAGAGUCCUGUGGUGGACACUCAGGCAGAGAAGGUGGAGAAAACAGAGAUUCCUGAGGUACACUCUCAGGUGGAGAAGAUGGAGAGUCCUGUGGUGGACACUCAGGCAGAGAAGGUGGAGAAAACAGAGAUUCCUGAGGUACACUCUCAGGUGGAAAAGAUGGAGAGUCCUGUGGUGAACACUCAGGCAGAGAAGGUGGAAAAAACAGAGAUUCCUGAGGUAGACUCUCAGGUGGAGAAGGUUCAUAUGGAGACCACUCAGGCAGAAGAGAAGGUGCCGUUAAAGCCAGCUGUGGAGAACAAUAAUGCAGCAGAGGAGAAGAAAGAGGAUGGGGAGGAUCCUGAGAACCCAGAGGCAGAGCCUUUAAAGAAGGUGGAAGAGUGAUGUUUCUGCUGCAGUGUUGCACAAAAUCCACAGUGAAUUCAGUGAUCAGUUUAAAAUUACGGCUUUAAUCUUGUUCUUUCUGGUUUUCAAGCUUGAAUCGAAAAUAUGCAUGUCUGCCUGUUCUUUCUCUGUUCAACAAUAAAAGCAGUGUGACCUCUGA